ACCUGAUGGAGCACGUGCUAAACUCUCACGCUCUCCGCGCGUCUAGCUAUGUACAACAUAGUGCGUGUCAGUGUGCUACACACAAUAAGAAACGCUGAGAGAGGCUACAGUAUCGCGGAGAGCAGCGUUUGCGCGCAGUUCGUCGAGUACUCUCGUAUUUCAAGCUUAUAGUUUCUAGUAAAUAAAAGUGCCAUUUAAACGAUGCCGGGAGGACCAGCGAAAAUCUACCAGAUCGAACUCCGCGAUCUGGAACCGCUGUUGCGCAAGAAGCUGGGCGAUGACCUCGAGCUUGUCGAUUACGCAGCCGAGUCCCUGCUGCCGUCGGGAGAAAAUUACGGCAGCACGAUGCUGAAGGUCCACGCCGUGAUCAAGAGAAGUAGAACCGCCGAUAAGGAAGAUCUGGAGCUGGUGGCGAAGAUGCUGCCGCCGACCGAUUUUCAGCGGGCGAUGUUUGACAGUUCGUACACCUUCAGGAAAGAGGCCUUUUUGUACGAGGAGAUGAUACCGUCUUAUCAGCGAUUGGAACGGGAGUUCGGGCUGAGAGACGAGGAAGUGUUUGACAUAGUUCCAGAAUUUUACGGGGCGAGGUAUUCCUUGACGGAGGACGAAGGAAGUUUUGACGACGACGCCGUGCUGCUCAUGCGGAACCUGAAGGUCCUGGGAUAUUACACGGGAGACAGACGAGAAGGUUUGGACCUCGAGCACGCCAAAAUAGCCACAGUUGCGCUAGCGCGCUUUCACGCACUAGGUAUGGCGAUGAAGCAGCACAAGCCCGAGUACUUUGAUGGUCUGAAGGCUCGUUCGAAAGCUCUGAAGUUUCCAGAUGAUAACGGCUUCGAGGAAUGCGUCAACAUGUUCAUACGCGUGAUGAAGCAGGAUCCUGAGAUAGCCGUGCACUCGGACUUCAUCGAGCACAUCAUGCCCAAGGCGUCUGAUCCGAGUCACUGGUUCACCGUACCUCCCGAGCCCUGGUCUACGAUAGUACACUCCGACUUCUGGGUUAACAACAUAAUGUUUCGCAAAAAUCCGAUAUCCAACGAGGUGGACGACGUGAAGUUCGUGGACUUUCAAAACUAUCUGCUGAUGAGUCCCCUGCGCGAGCUGACGUUCUUCCUUCUGGCCAGUAUGAACGCCGAUGUGAUGGAGAACGGAUUCGACCAACUCCUAAAUCUCUACUACGAAAAGUUUAUCGAGGUGCUGAAGAGGAUGAGGGUCGACACGGAGCCCUUUGCUAGAGACAAGUUCGACGCGAGACUGAAGAUCGACGCUUACGAGGAGCUUCUUCACUGCUCGUUUAUGCUGAAGAUUAUGACUUCGGAAGUCAAGGAGGACGAGCAGUUUGACAACCCUGACAAAUUCAUGCAGGAGGAUUCGAUCAGUGAGGGGUUCAGGAAGAGGAUACGCAUGUGCGUGAUGAAAUACGCGGAGAAGGGCUGGAUUGAGAAAGCGAAUUAAUUUCGAAUUGCUGUCUUUAUUGGGGGGAUCGAUUUGGGUUAUUGUUGUACAGUUUAAUGCAGUGUUACAUAAUCCACCCGAAUGUAUCGAAUAGCUUUUAUAUUUUUGUACAAAGUCAUGUAUUAUACUAGUACAAUUGAUUGCAGUAUUUUUAACUCGCAGGUCUGAACUUGUUACUUUUGCCUUUAAGGCUAAUAGUUUGUAACAAAAACAAAAUAUUCAUAUACAUUCAAUAUAAUUA